UAUUGUGCUACAGGAAAUUCAUCACCACAAGACCCUACCACUGCAGCAUUGUCUCUAACUCCUCUUCUAAAACAACUUCAAUCAUCUACUACCGCUUUUAUGUAUCUUUGUGUAGACGAAGCAACAACCGAAAAACGCACACUGGCAAAUAUAUUAUAUAAAGGUGAAGAUGGUGAAGGUUUCGAAGGGGAGUAUGCAGACGAAUUUUGUGUUUAUGUAUUGGAAGUCGAAAAUGGGGAUCUUUCAGCGGCGCGAAAGUGGUUAAUAGAUAAUGCACCAAAGAACGACGAUAUUAAGAAUUAUCAGUGUAUUAAAGACAAUUGUUUAAAGAAUGAUUAUAUAAAAUCUUAUUCAGAAUUAAAUUGGUUACUCGAUACUCCUUACGAAAUCAGAUCAUAUGCUAUCAGACAAUACAAAUCAUCGUAUAAAACUUGCAAGGAAAGAUAUGGAAACAAAUUCAGGAUGAAAUUCAGGAGCAAGAAGGAUACUUUACAAACACUGCUGGUGUCUGCGCGUGACAUUAAUCGAUUGAAUGGUGUAUGUUCGUUCUUAAAGAAUAUCGUGGUUUCUGAAUCAUUGCCUGCGAUAGAGAAAACUUUAGCGGUAACAUUGGACAAACUUGGAAGGUUCCAUUUUCACGUAUCAAUUCCAUUGGAGGUUCGUGAGAACCAAACACCUGUCAGUGGUAGGAUCGUGGCGUUGGAUCCUGGUGUGAUGACGUGUUACGACCCUGCAGGUCGUGUGAUCGAGUGGGGUAGGGGAGACUUCAACCGCAUUGUAAGAUUGUGUAAACGUCAUGACAAAUUACAAAGUGAUUUGUAUAUCAAAACUGGGAAAGAAUACAAAAUAACAAGAUAUCUGUUGCGAAGAAAGAUGUGUAGGAUCCGGUUCAAGAUUCGUAACUUAAUUGACGAAUUGCAUUAUAAAUUGGUCAAAUGGCUUUGUGAUCGAUAUCAAACGAUACUCAUACCAACAUUUGAGACUUCAAAUAUGGUAAAGAGAACCAGACGAAAGAUCGGAUCCAAGACCGCGAGAAACAUGCUGACAUGGUCGCAUUAUCGUUUCAGGAUGUUUUUGAAACACAAGGCGUGCGAGUAUUUUGAUCGUAACAUCAUAGAAUGUGACGAGGUGUACACUUCUCAGACCUGUGGAAAUUGCGGAUGGGUAAAUAAGAAUCUCAGAGGAAGAAAGAGACUCAUUUGCGUUUCGUGUGAAAUUAACACGGACAGGGACUUUAACGGGGCACAAUCCGAUGUUUGUUUAUCAUUGUUUACUAAUGUUGGAUUUAAUUUCAAGGGGCCGAGUGAUAUCGAAGAACUUACUGCUAAUGAAGUUGAAG